UCGACGGGUGAUACAGAAACACGUGUCUUUCGUGCGAGUUGAAGCGUCGUUAGUCUUAUUUAUGCGAGUGGAUUGCACCGUGCGUAGUCUCGACACGAGACGAUUGCCGAGUAGCGGAAGGUAAGGUACGAGACGCACUCGACGGACGCGCGUUUAACGCGCUCCCUCCGAUAUUCGGCACGCGCGCGUCAAAGGGGAAAGUGGGCUGUGUGUGAACAGGACAGCGCGAGGCGGCCAUUUUAUGUUAGUAUGACGUAGAGGCUGGGUGUAGCUUAGCGUUCUUAUUGUCGACGUGCGCAAGGAGAAAAGCGGGUUAACGAGCCUGGUGCUUGCUGUUAAGCGGCUAAUGCUGCCAAUGCAGCUACUGCAGCGCGAGUGAUGUGAACUUAAUUGCGAUCGCAGCGUGAACGCGUUCCCGCGGAGAGCUGUGUUAGCAACGCGCGGAACAGCGCGGAAGCUAGCAGCGCUAAAAGCCUGCCUCAACGAGCGGUCGCGGCGAGAGGGGUAAGUGUGUGAGCGAGCGAGCGAGCGAACGAACGAACGAACUAACGAGCGAAUAAGCCAACCAACAAACUUCUAGUCUAGUUUAACGAGCGAAAAAAGUUCGAGUUCGCCGCGGCAGUGUCCGUAGUGCGCGCGACAUGAGCGAGGAAAGUAAUCCGCGUACGCUGUACGUGGGCAACCUGGACGUCUCGGUGUCCGAGGACCUUCUGUGCGCGCUCUUCUCGCAGAUCGGCGCAGUCAAGGGAUGCAAAAUCAUUCGCGAGCCCGGCAACGAUCCGUAUGCUUUCGUCGAAUUCACGAAUCACCAGUGCGCGGCCACAGCACUGGCCGCCAUGAACAAACGCUCGUUCCUGGAAAAGGAGAUGAAGGUUAACUGGGCGACCAGUCCGGGCAAUCAGCCUAAACUCGACACCAGCAAUCACCAUCACAUAUUCGUCGGGGAUCUAUCACCAGAGAUCGAGACGCAGACUCUGAAGGAAGCAUUCGCUCCCUUCGGCGAGAUCAGUAACUGCAGGAUCGUGCGUGAUCCGCAAACGCUCAAGAGCAAGGGUUACGCAUUUGUGUCAUUUGUGAAGAAAUCUGAGGCCGAGGCGGCAAUCAACGCGAUGAACGGUCAGUGGCUGGGCUCGCGCAGCAUCAGGACAAAUUGGUCUACUAGAAAACCACCGCCACCGAGGUCCGAGAGGCCGCGACACUCGAACAAUAGUAAACCCAACUAUGAAGAGGUGUAUAACCAAAGUAGUCCGACCAAUUGUACUGUAUAUUGCGGAGGUUUCACAAACGGCAUCACGGACGAGCUGAUAAAGAAAACAUUCUCCCCUUUUGGCACCAUACAGGACAUAAGAGUGUUCAAGGACAAAGGAUACGCUUUUAUCAAGUUUACAACCAAGGAGGCCGCAACACACGCCAUCGAAUCGACACAUAAUACAGAAAUCAACGGUAGCAUUGUUAAGUGUUUUUGGGGAAAAGAAAACGGUGAUCCAAACAGCGUGGGUCCUAACGCCAAUCAUCAAGCUCAACAGGUGACCACGGGAGCCGGUCAAUACGCCUACGGUUACGGCCAGCAGAUGGGCUAUUGGUAUCCACAGGGUUACCCGCAGAUGCAAGGACAGUUUUUACAGCCCGCACAAUAUUACGGUCAAUAUUAUGGGCAGCAGGCUCAAUAUAUGAACAGCAUGAGAAUGCCCGCUCCUACUGCAGGAGCCUGGCAACCGACGCAAGCCACCGCCGCACCCCCGACGGCAAGUGCGCCCUUACCACCAGGCCAGCAACCUACCAUGGUGACAUAUACCAUGCCACACCAGUACCCCACGCAAUGAAAUUGAUCAUUGACCGGCUAAUUGUUACGUGCGACAUAGUUGCUCCGGGGUUAUCGCGAAAAUCGUUCUGUCAUAUACCUACUCCAACAUUUACAUUCACGUUUUUUCGACGACGUAAUAUGUAGGAUAAUUGGUUCUAUAACUAGGGUAUAAAUUUGCAAAAAAAAAUAAAAAAUAAAAAAAUAAAAAUAAUUAAAAAAUAGACAUGAGAGAGUCUUUAUCGCGUAUAAGAGAGAUUCGUUUAAAGACUAAAAACACGUUAUUAUUUUUUUUCUAUAUUUUCAUCUUAGAAACGUGUAUUCUUAAUUACAUGUUUCCGUUAUCUCGUACAUUGGCGCAACGCUUCUCGACGACGUGUGAGAGCGCCGCUGUAAAGUAAAGGAAUUUGAAUCAAGUUUUUAUGCAUUUUUGCUUGCAAUGUUGAACCAGGUAUAUCUCUGAACUCUUCCUUGCGGCCCCCGAAACUGAAGCGAGCCCCGCACCCGUUGCGCUUACGCAAGUGACGUACGUAUGCGGCGACUGCGUUGUUGAUACUUUUUUAAUAUUUUUGCCACUGCGACAUCCAGAAGCCCCCUUCAGUUAAAUCUCGGAGUUGAACGAUGAACAAGGCGCUCGCACGCGCGCGCGCGACAAAUGUUCAUUUGAAAUAAAUACAGAAUAUGAGACUACCAAUUCUGAAUAUAGUUAGUAAGAUAGAAAAGCGAUUAGCUAGACACGGCGCCUGUGAUGUAGCUAGACUUUCGGACGCGUGUACGCCAAGGUGUGCGGGGCUCCCGCAAACAAAUAAAUCACGUGAGUCGAAUAACGAGUUGCAAUUUUUCUCGUUAUGUGAUAUUUAUCGUCGGUGGUUAAUGUAUAAAACUUUGCUAUGAUUAUCUCUUUCAAUGGAGAGUAAAAGGGUGAAAGAGAGAGAGAGAGAGAGAGAGAGAGAGAGAGAGAAAAAGAAGAAAA